AUGGUGUCUAUUCGUACAGAAGAUGUCAGCUACAGAAAGAGAUGUUAUGUCCAAGCUCUUCGGCAUGCAGGUUGGACAUUUCAGCGGAUUGCUAAUGAUCAAGGCCUAGCAGUCUCGACAGUGUAUGGAAUUUGCAACUCACCUGCUACGCCACAGAGAGAAGGAAGAUGCGGCCGUGAUGUAAUAAUUGAUACACCUACCCGUCGUAUGUUGGUUUUUGAAGCCAUCUCUACUGCUGAAUCUAGGAGGAAACCUUUGUCAGAUAUUGCCCAAGAGAUUGGUAUUCAGGUAUCUGCCAAAACUCUCCGUGAAGCUUUUGCAAAAGAAGGCUAUCAUCAACGUGUGGCACGAAAGAAGCUCUUUCUCAACCAGACUCAAAGAAACGGACGUCCCAAAUUUGCUCUGGAACAUCGUAACUGGACUGCAGAAGAUUGGAAAAAGGUAGUAUGGACGGAUGAGUGCUAUCUAUGGCUGGGAAGUUCCCUUAGGAGGCUAUAUGUUACAAGAACAGGAGAGGAGGAGUGGAUCGAUGAUUGCAUUUCACCUAAAUUUGCAAAGCAAGAUUCAAUUAUGAUAUGGGGGACUAUUCUAGGAGAGGGUGCUGCAACUCUUUUGACUCGAGGAGAGUCAAAGAAAUGGACGGACUCUCUGGUUGAUGGAGGACGGUGCACCAGCCCACAGAGCAAGAUCAAUUCAAGUAAAAAUCAAUUUGGAAUGCCGUUUCUUAAUUGGCCUGCCUCAUCUCCUGAUCUCAAUCCAAUUCAGAAUAUCUGGAGUAUUUUCAAAAUGCGUCUGCAUGAUAGAAGACCGAGACCUAGAGGAAGAGCAGAGAUUAGAGAGGCAAUACUUGAGGAAUGGGAUCUUAUUACUGAGGAGGACAUCAUCAGGUGUAUCAACAAUAUGCCAGAGCGGAUAGAGGCAGUUCUUGCUGCCAAUGGGGGUCAUACCAGGUGGUAA